AUGAAAUUAAUUUCUGGAUUGUGCAGAACGAUAAAGCGGUAUCAUAGUAGUAGUAGAUCACAACCAUCAUACUUAACCAAUUUCUUUUGUAGGAUUUAUGGUGUUUCAAAGACACGCGACACUUUAAUAUUACGAUCGAUCGAAUCUAAAUUCAAAAGACGAUUUGCAACUUCCUUUGAAGGUCCGGUUGUUGACGAGACAAAUUUGAGGUCUCUAAGGUCUAAACAUUUAUUAGAAAAUACUUCGAUAUCGAAAAGCGGACCCGUAUCACGAUAUAAUGCGCUAGUUGCCUCAGGAAUGGUAAGAGAGGAUUCAUUUCAACGUAGUAUUAUAAAUAUUUUACAAGAUAUGCACGAUCGACUAUUGAAUUAUGAUCCACCAUUUGUCUCUGACGUGAGGGAUGAAGUGAAUGACGAAUCAAUUUUCGGCAAAAUAUCUAAAUUGUUUAGCGCGUCAAUUAAAAACAAUUCUGUUAAUAGCCCAAAAGGAUUAUACUUAUAUGGAGAUGUGGGAAGCGGAAAGACAAUGUUAAUGGAUCUGUUCUAUGAUACGUUACCAAAGAAGCGUAAACGUCGUGUGCAUUUUCAUGCUUUCAUGUUGGAUGUACAUGCUCGUAUUCACCGUUUAAAGCAAACAAAUUAUGAAACUUAUGAUCCAAUCCCACCGAUCGCGUCAGAUUUAGCAAAAAAUGCAAUAAUCCUUUGUUUUGAUGAAUUUCAAGUAACAGAUAUCGCGGACGCUAUGAUUUUACGUCGUCUUUUCGAUGAAUUAUUUAAACGUGGUGUGGUUAUCAUAACAACUUCGAACCGUCAUCCUGAUGAUCUUUAUAAAAAUGGAAUACAGAGAAAAAGUUUCAUCCCAUGCAUUGAACUCAUAAAACAAAGGUGUCAAAUUCAAACACUUGAUUCCGGUACCGAUUAUCGUAGACUCCAAAAAGAAACAUCCGGUGCAUAUUUUUACCCGUUGAACUCUCAAACUUCGCAAUCCAUAAAUGCCAUCUUUAAAAUGUUAACGAAAAAUCGUAAAGUUACCCAGAGAAAGUUGGAAUUUCUCGGUAGACAUUUAUUGGUCCCAGAAUCUUGUGAUGAUAUAGCGAAAUUUACUUUUCAAGAAUUAUGUUGUCAACCUUUAAGCGCUGCUGAUUAUUUAGAAUUGGUGAAAUUUUAUAACACAAUUAUUUUGACUGAUAUCCCACAGAUGAAUCUGGUAUUGAAAAAUGAAGCGAGAAGAUUUAUUACACUGAUUGAUGCUUUAUAUGACACCAAGACAACGUUAAUUUGCUCGGCAGAAACAUCAAUUCAUCAGUUAUUCACGGUAGAAUCCUCAUCACAUUCAGCGUUAUUAAAUCCUCAAUCCUCAACGCACCAUCACACAUUAUUCGAUGAUGUUGAAUUAGAUUUAGAGAAAAGAGAACAAAAUAAAAAUUCACCAAUAUUUACAGGUGAAGAAGAAGUAUUUGCUUUUGAAAGGGCAAUUUCAAGAUUGAUUGAAAUGCAAGGAAAAGAAUGGAUGAGCAAAGUUAUAUUAAGAGCUAGAUCCGGUGGACAAAGUAGUGUUGCUAGACCAACUGUAGAAUAUAUGGGUUAA